GCCCCUCCAUUUCUUUCCCACUCUCUGCCAUUUCUCCCCCACGCCCCUCCAUUUCUUUCCCACUCUCUGCCAUUUCUACCCCACGCCCCUCCAUUUCUUCCCCACUCUCUGCCAUUUCUCCCCCACGCCCCGCCACUUCUCCCCCACUAUCUGCCAUUUCUCCCCACGCCCCUCCAUUUCUUUCCCACUAUCUGCCAUUUCUCCCCCACGCCCCUCCAUUUCUUUCCCACUCUCUGCCAUUUCUCCCCCACGCCCCGCCAUUUCUCCCCCACUAUCUGCCAUUUCUCCCCCAAGCCCCACCAUUUCUUCCCUGCGCCCCGCCAUUUCUCCCCUACGCCCCGCCAUGUCUCCCUUGUCACCUGCAAUAUCCGAAGAACAUUUGGACAUCGGUGACAUAAUGCGUUCCUUGCAGUCGAGGGUGAGGCAGAGGGCUGUCACUGCCAAUCAAGUUAAUGUCCUCCGUGGGGAAGAAUUUGAUUGUGCGGUGAGAGCUUUCAGUCGGUCCACCUUUGAUCCUCAGUCCAGGCUGGAUGUGGUAUUUGUUGAUGAGAGUGGAAUAGGUGAAGGGGCUGUUGAUGAAGGUGGGCCAACAAGGGAGUUUUGUCGCCUCCUUAUGGGCCAGCUCCAGGAGCACCAUAUUUUUGAAGGGCCUUCUGAAUCACGAACCUUGGCUCUAGAUAGUGUUGCUCUGCACAAUGGGAUGUAUAGGCUUGCGGGCCAAAUGCUUGCAGUUUGCCUAAUUCAAGGAGGGGUUUCUCCCCACUUCUUUUCCCAUCGGCUUUUCAGGCAAUUGUGUGGCCUUUCACCCCUUGAACCUUCCAUAGAAGAGGUGGCCGACCCAGAGUUGCAGGAUAAAUUGCGCAAGAUUGCAAGUGCUGGUACUUUGGAGGAGGCCAGAGAGGCAAUCAGUGGAGCCACAGAUGAGCUAUCUGUUAUGGGAGCUUUAUGCUACCUAAACUCCAUGGCCCAGAGAGAUGAACUGAUGACAGCAAUUCUGGAGUUUUACACAGAGGGCCGCAUUCAUGCAGCACUCCAGCAGUUCAAAGAAGGUCUAAAUACCCUUGGGCUUCUAGAUGAGCUGGUGGUCCACCAUACCAGCUUUGAAGAACUAUUCUUGAAAAGCACUGUCGAACUCACCGCUGCUGACAUCGUGGGGCUCUUUAAGCCACAGUUCACUUCACCAAGAGGCUCCCAUAAACGGAGACAGGAGUCUAGGGCAGUUGCAUUCUGGCGGGACUGGCUUCUGGAGGUUGAAGGUGGAGAUGCAGGUCUGAUUUCCCUGCCACAGGUCUUGAUCUUUGCCACGGGAUUGAAGAGGGUUCCAGCAAUGGGAUUUCAAACCCAGCCAGAGUUGCAUUUUCUUCACAAAGAUGUUGAUGAACUGGCAGUGUUCCCAACGGCAAACACAUGUUCAUUAAUUAUACGAAUACCUGUGAGUAGCUGUUAUGCACCUUUUAAAUUUGCAAUGGAAAUGGGAAUAGGCAGUUCAGACCAGUUUGGUUUACAGUAAGUUUUAUUUUUAUAGAUAUGUUGUAUUUUCUAUCAAGUUGCUAUUUUAUAAUAACUUUUUUUUUAACACAAUGAAUUGAUUAAUUGAACACAACUGUUUCACUGUUCACUAAGUUUCACUGUUAGAUUAUAUUCAAUGACAUGUAAUCAGUCUUAUAAAUGUUACAGAUACAAUUAAACUUUAUGAAAUGGGGAAGGAGAGUGUUACUGUACAUGCAUACAUGUACAAACUGUACAACAAACAAUUUAAAAACCUUAUUAAAGGGAGUCAAGGAACCCAAUGACCUCUCUCAAGAGGUCCACUCCAAGGUUGUCUCUUGGUCCUCCCAAGGGAUCAACACGUUGCUGAAGUUCAGCCAAGCGGUCGUUGUCCAGGGCAUAUUCAGUAAAGGGGACCUCAAUGCUGUCUGGCCAGUUAAAAGCUGGUACCUGAGGUGAGUAUGGCACUUCUGCAUGAAGUUGAGCUGGCUGUUCAUCAGCACCAAACACUCCCUGGAUCCCAGUCAGAUUUUGUGCCUGUAGGCGAAGACAGCCACGCACAAAAAUCUGAUAAGGCGACAUGUACCUUGCUGUUCUGAGGCGGUGAUGGUUCCACUGGUUAACAAAAAGAUGCAAGUCCCGGUUUAUUCGAGGAAGGUAGAUGUAAUGGAGUGCCCAAAGAUGUCUCUCAUUGUUGCAGUCUACUACUCCGUCAUCUUCCAAUAGGUUGAACAAUGAAUGAUAAACAUUCACAACACCCCUCCAAACAUCUCCCCACAGUCUCUCAAUGCGUUGGUUAUGGGUGCUCCUUCCCCUCAAAGCACUCCCCCUGGCAGAACCUCGAAAAACCUCCAUGAAAAGACAGAUGGCGUUGUUCUCCCCACCUUGGUCACAGCGGACCCUUGAUGGCACACCAUACUGGUCGACAGCCUCAACAAACUUUUCCAGCACAGUGCUGCUUUUGUUGUUGUUGGAUGCCUCGAGAAAUGUGACCAGUCGGCUAAAGCCAUCAAUGGCCCCGUGAAUAACAAUCCUCCACCUGAAAAUGAAAUCCAGGUUUGUAAGAUGUUUUGCAGAGGGUUUGUAAUAACAUCUCUAUAUCUACAUUUGAGGGUCUAUCAAAAUCAACAGGAUGAAGGUAGAAUUGAUAAUUGGCUGAAAAACAAUACUACCUUUAACUGAAAUUGAAAUGAAUCAUUAUAAUAACCAAAUGUGUCCGUAAUGCUUUGUUUUAGCUUUCAAGUAAAAUGAUCACCUUAUAAGCUUGUGGUUGCCAUCCACAUGCCAUAAAGAAUUUGGCCCUGCAACUUGGUAUGUCCGCCUGUGCAAUCUGGAGGACAUGGCUCUGCGUGCAGCCCCUUCUGGGUUGGUCCGGAGCAUACUUAGACGAACACGCCUCCUUUGCACCAGUAAGCCUUGUCCAAACAGCCUUGCUCGUACAGCCUCUGGACCCAGCAAGUCAUUGCUGCAGACAACCUGGCGGACUCUUUCAUCCAGCUCCGCAUCAGAAAGAUUAGUGAAGCGGCCACGCAAAGAUAGAUGGAAUGAUCUGUGAAAGCCAACAUUUAAAUAAAAUUCUGAGUGUAACAUUGAUUUAAUUAACUUAUUUAUUUAUUUAUUUAUUUAUUUUACAGAAUUUCCUGUGGUUUUAGUUUGUAAGGAGUAAGUCAGGCUAACAAUUAUUGUGCAAUUAAAAAAGACAUUACCCUUGUCUCGGACCAUCAAUAUUUACCUAAGGCGUCGUUUCACAGUGCGACUGGAAGUGCCCAGUAUGCCUGCAAUCUCAGGUACUGUGAACUGCAGUGAUAAUAAAAACUGCAUUUGUUCUGGUGUGAUGUGGCACUGUGGACGCCCAGUAUGUCCCCUAACAUGUGGAGCUUGAUAACCACGGGAAGCUGCAAUGGAAAACAAUCGGAUAUAACAAUUCACUUUAUCCAAGUGAAGUUUUUCAACUCUGUAACAACAGCAUUAUUUACCCUUACAGUGUGGGGACAUUUAACAUUAAAACCUCUAA